AUGUCCCAGGACACUCACCCCCUGACACUCGCCCCCUCAGCUGUCCCAGGACACUUGCCCCCUCACCUAACCCCUUACCUGUCACAGGACACUCACCCCCUCAGCUGUCCCAGGACACAUGCCCCCUCACCUCACCCCUCACCUGUCACAGGACACUCACCCCCUCGCCAUCCCAGGACACUUGGCCCCUCAACUCAUCCCCCCCCACAUGUCCCAGGACACUCACCCCCUGACACUCGCCCCCUCAGCUGUCCCAGGACACUUGCCCCCUCACCUAACCCCUUACCUGUCACAGGACACUCACCCCCUCAGCUGUCCCAGGACACAUGCCCCCUCACCUCACCCCUCACCUGUCCCAGGACACUCACCCCCUCGCCAUCCAAGGACACUUGCCCCCUCAACUCAUACCAUUUCACCUGUCCCAGGACACUCACCCCUUCACACUCACCCCCUCAACCUCUCCCAGGACACUUGCCCCCUUGCCUGACACUCACCCCCUCAGCUGUCCCAGGACACAUGCCCCCUCACCUCACCCCUCACCUGUCACAGGACACUCACCCCCUCGCCAUCCCAGGACACUUGGCCCCUCAACUCAUCCCCCCCCACAUGUCCCAGGACACUCACCCUCUGACACUCGCCCCCUCAGCUGUCCCAGGACACUUGCCCCCUCACCUAACCCCUUACCUGUCACAGGACACUCACCCCCUCAGCUGUCCCAGGACACAUGCCCCCUCACCUCACCCCUCACCUCUGUCCCAGGACACUUGCCCCCUCACCUCACCCCUCACCUGUCACAGGACACUCACCCCCUCAGCUGUCCCAGGACACUUGCCCCCUCACCUCACCCCUCACCUGUCACAGGAUACUCACUCCCUCGCCAUCCUAGGACACUUGGCCCCUCAACUCAUCCCCUUUCGCCUGUCCCAGGACACUCACCUCCUCACACUCGCCCCCUCACUUGUCCCAGGAAACUCACCCCUUUACACUCACCCCCUCACCUGUCCCAGGACACUCACCUCCUCACACUCAACCCCUCACCUGUUCCAGAACACUCACCCCUUCACACUCAACCCCUCACUUGUCCCAGGACACUUGCCCCCUCACCUCACCCCUCACCUGUCACAGGACACUCAUCCCCUCGCCAUCCCAGGACACUUACCCCCUCAACUCAUCCCCUUUCACCUGUCCCAGGACACUCACCCCUUCACACUCGCCCCCUCACCUCUGUCCCAGGACACUAACCCCCUCACAUGUCCCAGGACAUUUGCCCCCUCACCUGUCCCAGGAUGCUCACUCCCUUACCUCGACCCCUCACCUGUCCCAGAACACUCGCCCCCUCACCCUUCCCAGGACACUCACACCCUUACCUCACACCCUCACCUGUCCCAGGACACUCACUCUCUUACCUCGCCCCCUCACCUGUCCCAAGACACCCUCUCCCUAACUCUCACCCCCUUACCUGUCGCAGGACACUCACCUCCUCACACUCAACCCCUCACAUGUCCCAGGACACUCACCUCCUCACACUCACCCCCUCAGCUGUACCAGGACACUUGCCCCCUCACCUCACCCCCCUCACCUGACACUCACCCCCUCACACUCAAACUCUCACCUGUCCCAGGAGAAGAAGUAUUGGACUAUGCACAUAAACCUUGUGGACGGUAUACAAACGAAUAUGGAACUAGUGUUGUCAAAAGACCCAGUACUUUGGUGAAAUGUUAUGCCUACCAGGUCAACACCGUUCUUGAUGUGCUAUCCAAGAGGGGGGCAGAUGUGCUCUCUUCUUGA